AGCUCAUCUUGGCCGUCCCGCGCGGCUCUGCGCCGAUGUUCCGCGCCAGCGACAUCCACGGCGCACCCGCCGGUCCGCGGGGGCCGGCGCUGGCGGCGAGUAAAGCGGCGCCCACGGUCGUGCCGCCUCCGCCUUGGGCCAUUGGCAAAGGUGCUGCUCCGCCAGUCACACCGGCACCGCCUGUGCCGGCACCUGGAGGAAAGAGCUGGGGCAAAGGCCCGAGCUGGGAGGCACCAAAGGGAGGCUAUGGCCCAGAGCUCACGCCGCCGAUCUUCCCUGUUCCUCAGCCUUACGGAAAAGGCAUGCCUAUGGCGAAGGGGAAGGUGUGGUCCGCACCACCCUCAAGGCCUUCAGGAAGCCCCAACACCGUCACUUUGCUCGGUGCUGGAAGUCUACCUGCAGGCAUUGAGAAAGAUAUAGAGGAGCAAGCAAGGCAGCUGUGCAUCCAACAUUCCUUCAGCACCCCAGAUCAGGUGAGAUAUGUGUCCCCCUCGGUGGUCUUCAUUGACUUCCCCUACCAGGACGCCUGUCGUGAGUUCCUUCGAGUCUCCAACGGACAGCUCAAGGUGCGCCAGUGGACCUACAGAUUGCAGCACUCCUCUGCACUGAUGAGUGAGGAGGAUGCGGAGGCUGCUUUAGUAGAGAGUGUGACCGCAGAGGAAAAUCCUUCGGACACACUCAUGGUGCGAAUGAUUGGCGACUUGGAGGAAGCUCAAAUCAAGAAGGCAUUUCAAGCGCACGUGCCGCUGGUGAAAGCCGUUCGGAUGAUGUUGGACAGAUCGACGAGAAAAUCAAAGGGCUUUUGCUUUGUGAGUUUUCACUCUGUGAGCGAUGCCAUGCAAGCUAAAAAUCGCAUGAAUGCCGCAGGAUCAAUGAUUCUGUCUAAGAAGGUUGCAGUCAGCUUUGCAAAGCCGCAGAACCAGGAGCAGGCAUUGGAAAGUAACCUCAUUGCCAGGGCAGAACAGGACGUGAUUCAGGCCCAAGCGAAGCAAGCCUUAAAUGGGCUCAAUGCUGAGAUGUGGUCUUCCUACAUGCAAUUUUUUGAGGAAGAACAAGAGAAGGAGAGCAGAGAGAAACAGGCCUUGCUUGAAUCAUUGGAAGCCAAGAAACGCGCUCUUCAAGCUGCAGCUGCAGCUGCAGCCGCAGCAGCCGAGAGUGAGACGAACGCGUCUGGGUGAAGUUGCUUGGUAUAGCGAAAAAAUGAGCGGAGCUGCACCAAAGGACCGUUCUGCUCCAUGGAAUCGCAUACAGCUCACGAGGAACAAGUGCAUCGCUAGUAGUAA